GAAGACCAUGCCUUGCUUCACCAAAACUCAAAACGGACCUGUAACAAAAAUUUAUAUCCCCAAACUACCCUCGCACUCAUCUCCUCUGUCCUCCUGAUCUUCUCUCCCAUGGAGAACCUGAGGCGCAGCGAGCACUGUUCAAGCUCCACUUCGAAGAAGAGCUUGAAGAGGAAGCUAGAUGAGGAUUUUGAAGACGAUCGCUUGAGGAUAGUUUCUCUCUCACCUGAGGAUGCUCAUCAAGAUAUCGUCCGUGAGGUCCGCACUCAGGUAGAGAUUCUUGGAGCGUCUUUCUCUUCAGCCGAGCCGGAUCGAGCUUCCUCCAAGCGCGCCAUCCAUAUUCUUUCCGAGUUGGCCAAGAAUGAGGAAAUUGUGAACGUGAUUGUGGAUUGUGGCGCAGUUCCGGCUCUUGUGCAGCAUCUACAGCCGCCGCCUCCUACAAGGGAUGGAGACGCUGGCCCAAUCCCGUAUGAGCACGAGAUCGAGAAAGGGAGUGCUUUUACGCUUGGGAUGCUUGCCAUAAAACCAGAACACCAACAACUAAUUGUUGAUGCUGGAGCUCUGCCUCAUCUUGUUAGUAUUCUGAAGAGGCACAAGGAUAGUCCAAACUCCCGUGCUCUCAAUGGUGUCAUCAGGAGAGCAGCUGAUGCUAUCACCAAUCUUGCUCAUGAGAAUAGUUGCAUUAAAACUCGUGUUAGGGUUGAAGGUGGCAUCCCUCCACUUGUUGAAUUGCUUGUGUUUCUUGAUGCAAAGGUCCAAAGAGCAGCUGCAGGGGCCUUACGGACUUUGGCCUUUAAAAAUGAUGAGAACAAAAAUCAGAUAGUGGAGUGCAAUGCUCUGUCCACUCUUAUUCUAAUGCUUCGGUCUGAAGAUACUGCAAUACACUAUGAAGCGGUUGGUGUAAUUGGCAAUCUUGUUCACUCAUCCCCCAACAUUAAGAAGGAAGUUCUUGCUGCUGGAGCUUUGCAACCUGUCAUUGGGUUACUUAGUUCCUCCUGUUCAGAGAGCCAAAGGGAAGCUGCAUUACUUCUUGGGCAAUUCGCAGCAACAGAUUCAGAUUGUAAGGUGCACAUUGUCCAAAGAGGUGCUGUACCGCCACUAAUUGAUAUGCUUCACUCCCCUGAUUCUCAAUUGCGGGAAAUGUCAGCUUUUGCACUAGGGAGGUUGGCACAGGAUUCACACAAUCAAGCUGGUAUUGCCCAUAGUGGUGGUAUUAUGCCGUUAUUGAGGCUUCUUGAUUCAAAAAAUGGAAAUCUGCAACAUAAUGCUGCGUUUGCACUUUAUGGGCUCGCAGAUAAUGAGGAUAAUGUUGCAGAUCUAAUAAAGGUUGGGGGUGUUCAAAAACUUCAAGAUGGAGAGUUUAUUGUCCAACCAACCAGAGAUUGUGUGGCAAAGACGUUGAAAAGAUUAGAGGAGAAAAUUCAUGGGCGAGUCUUAGGCCAUCUGUUGUAUUUGAUGCGUGUUGAAGAGAAUGUUGUCCAAAGACGAGUUGCAUUAGCUCUAGCUCAUCUCUCAUCACCAGAGGACCAUAAAACUAUUUUUCUUGAUAACAAUGGGCUGGAGUUGCUUUUGGAGCUUCUGGAAUCAUCAAUUGUAAAGCACCAAAGGGAUGCUUCAGCAGCUCUAUACAAGUUAGCAAAUGAAGCCAGUUCACUUUCUCAUAUUGAUGCAGCUCCUCCUUCUCCAGUGUCUCAGGUCCGUCUGGGUGAGCAAUAUGUAAAUAAUCCUACACUCUCAGAUGUGAUAUUUUUAGUUGAAGGCAAGCGGUUUUAUGCCCACAGAAUUUGCUUGCUUGCUUCUUCUGAUGCAUUUCGGGCAAUGUUUGAUGGUGGUUAUAGGGAGAGAGACGCAAAAGACAUUGAGAUCCCUAAUAUCAGAUGGGAUAUUUUUGAGUUGAUGAUGAGAUACAUAUACACAGGGACUGUUGAUGUUAAUUUGGAAAUUGCCCAGGAGCUUUUAAGAGCAGCUGAUCAGUAUCUGCUAGAGGGCCUAAAACGUCUAUGUGAAUAUACAAUUGCACAGGAUAUCUCGGUGGAAAAUGUCGCUCUGAUGUUUGAGUUGUCAGAGGCAUUUAGUGCCACAUCAUUAAGAAAUGCUUGCAUUCUUUUUGUGUUGGAGAACUUUGACAAACUUAAUGUCAUGCCUUGGUAUUCACCACUGAUUCAACGAAUAUUGCCCGAGACUCGUACCUACUUUGUGAGAGCACUCACCAGACCAUUUCAUACUGACUUUCGGCGGUAGAUGGCUUGUUUUCAGUUUUGAUCUUUUGAUUAACUGUAAUGUAGAAGAGAAAAGAAGAUGUACAGGAGUGGAUAGUUUGAUUGCGGUGUACUCAGAAUGGAAGCACCAGUUAGCUGUAUUUAGCUGGAUCUGUAAUACCAAUUGAUUGUUACUACCACAAUUUGAGAAUUUAAACUUCAUUCUUAGAGACAUUCAUGUACUACUAAUUUAUGAUUCUACUUAUCAAGAAACAGUGGAAUGGGAGGCACUGCCUGGCUAUGAUUGUAAAAGGAACCCUACUGGGGAUUGCAAAUUGUUUUA